AUGAACUUUCGCUCUGCUGUGUUGCCUCAUGUUAGAUCUUGUCGACUAAUGUUGAUCCGAUCCUAUUGUAGUGCUCAAGAAAAGGAAAGGAUGGCUAGGCACUCAGAAGAAAUACUGAAAAAGUAUUGGAACUCAUUCAAGACCGUGAUGACUGACCCAUCCAAGAAAUCAGCCAGAAAUAAAAUUUUAUCUACCGCUGGUAUUGGUUUAGUGACUUCUUAUUGGUAUUUCACCGACGAAACCCCUAAUGAUCAGAUCCGAAAAAUGGUAGAUAUUUUCGAGAAGGGAAAAAUCGAUCUGGGGGCUGAUAUGUCUGUCAUAGGAAAUCUAAUCAAACGCGAGGAUCUUGAAAAGAGGCUGAAAGAAAUGUUGCGAAUCUCUUCAGAGAUGGGAACUUACUUUCUAAUUGUGGGCGAGCAUGGUACAGGAAAGACAACCUUGGUUCGAAAUACCAUUUUGAAACUCGAAAAGCCAAAGGGUGUUGCCCAUUUUGAGUGUCCCUCAGAUAUUAAUCAUUUUGCAAAGAAAUUGGCAAAACAUCUGAAUUGUGAACUAUAUACAUAUAGGUUUAGAGAUGUUAUCAUGCAGUGGAUGACAAAUGCAAUAAGAAAAGAGCCAGUCGAUAAUUUGAAAUACCCUAGUUGGGAACUCUUAAGUAUGCGACUUUCCAACGUGGCAUCUUACUAUAUGAGAAAACACAAACGGCCAAUAAUUUUGGUUCUUGAUCAAGUGGAUCGCAUUGCUAAACAAGACCCAAUUUUUUUUGGUAUACUCCAAGAUUUUGCGAAAGACCAUGCGGAUAGACGCUCAAUUAUCAUUGUAUUUAUUGCAACUCGUUCUGCCUGGUCACGGGUAACUAUUCCUUUUGAAGUUGGUGAUAUCCCAGAUGAACAAGCAAUAAAAUUCCUACAAGAUUUUAAGAUUGACCCAAAAAUCGCUGAACAUGUAGUGAAAUAUCUGACGGGUGGGCGAUUUUCUUUAUUGAAGCGGUUCCUAAGUGAACAUCAAAUCAAUCAGGGGAAAAAUUCGUUUGAAGAAUUCAAGGAGAAACUAUUUUGGGAAACGAAAAGGGAUUUGUAUAUGAUGAAACUUCCUAGAAACCACGAAUUUUUCUUAAAGCUCGCCAAUGUACAUCAUAUUGAAAUUGAGGAAGCUAGAUCCUAUAUGCCUAUUGACAUGAUUCAUAAACUUGUCGAUAUCAACAUUCUCAAAGAACAUCAGGACUUCACAGUAUCCUUUCAUUCACGUUAUGUUGAUACCUACUUUAAAGAGGUUUUACAAGCAACUACUUAG